UGGUCCGGUGCCGGGGCUUCGCUGAGCCGAGCGCGUCUUGGAGCCGGCCGCCUCAGGGAUGGACGAAACGAGCCCCCUGGUGUCCCCGGAGCGGGCCCACCCCCCGGACUACACUUUCCCGUCGGGCCCGAGCCCGGGCGCUCACUUCCCUCAGGUGCCAGGGGCCGUGGUGCGAGUGGUGCCGUCGUCCGGCUUGGGGCCGUCGCCGCCGGGCUCCCCGGGCCGGGACCGGGAGCGGCAGCCUCUGCUGGAGCGGGGCCCGGGCGGGGCGCGGGGCGCGGCGGUCCAGGCGCAGGCCCAGGCCGUGGCGGUCCAGGCGCAGGCCCUGGCGGCCCAGGCCCACGCGGCGGCGCAGGCUGCGCAGGCCCAGCGGGAGCGGAACGAGUUCCCGGACGACCCCGAGUUCGCCGAAGUGGUGCGGCUGGCCGAGCUGGCGAGCGAGCGCGGCAUCUACCCGGAGCGCAUCUACCAGGGCUCCAGCGGCAGCUACUUCGUCAAGGACCCCCAGGGGAAAAUCAUCGGUGUCUUCAAACCCAAGAAUGAAGAGCCAUAUGGGCACCUUAACCCCAAGUGGACCAAAUGGCUACAGAAGCUAUGCUGUCCCUGUUGCUUUGGCCGUGAUUGUCUCGUCCUCAAUCAGGGCUAUCUAUCAGAGGCAGGGGCCAGUUUGGUGGACCAAAAACUAGAACUCAAUAUUGUACCCCGUACUAAGGUAGUAUACCUGGCUAGUGAGACCUUCAACUACAGUGCCAUUGACCGAGUGAAGUCCAGGGGGAAGCGACUUGCCCUAGAGAAAGUGCCAAAAGUUGGACAACGGUUUAACCGAAUCGGGCUUCCACCCAAGGUUGGUUCAUUCCAGCUCUUUGUUGAAGGCUACAAGGAUGCCGACUAUUGGCUGCGACGAUUUGAAGCAGAUUCACUGCCUGAGAACACUAAUCGGCAGCUGCUAUUGCAAUUUGAACGGUUGGUGGUACUAGAUUACAUCAUCCGAAACACUGAUAGAGGCAAUGACAAUUGGCUGAUCAAAUAUGAUUGUCCGAUGGAUAAUUCCAGCUACCGGGACACAGACUGGGUAGUGGUGAAGGAGCCUGUUAUCAAACUGGCUGCCAUAGACAAUGGGCUGGCUUUCCCUCUGAAGCAUCCUGACUCCUGGAGGGCGUAUCCUUUUUAUUGGGCUUGGCUGCCCCAAGCCAAAAUUCCCUUUUCCCAGGAAAUCAAAGACCUGAUCCUUCCAAAGAUAUCUGAUCCUAACUUCAUCAAGGACCUGGAAGAGGACCUGUAUGAGCUCUUCAAGAAAGAUCCUGGUUUUGACAGGGGCCAAUUUCACAAGCAAAUUGCUGUAAUGCGGGGACAGAUUUUGAAUCUAAGCCAGGCCCUGAAAGACAAUAAAAGCCCCCUUCAUCUAGUCCAGAUGCCACCUGUGAUUGUGGAGACAGCCCGGUCCCACCAGCGGAGCUCCAGCGAGUCUUACACGCAGAGCUUUCAGAGCCGGAAACCCUUCUUCUCCUGGUGGUAGCCCUGCCAGCAAAUGAGAUGAUGUCUCAGACUUGGGGACUGGGAGGGAACCUGGGGAGCAGCUUUUGAGAUAAGCCAGUGAAGCAGGUGGAAUCAUAUACCUGAGAACCCUUCCCCUCUGGCAGAGCCAAAGAGCUUUGCAGAAUAUGGGGAGAACCACUUCCAGACAUACUGGGGCAGUCUUGGGCCCUGGUGUUGCCUUUUACAUUUCUGUGUGAGGUCAGAAUUCUGCAGGGGAGUGGUAGGGGCGCUAGGGAGAGAACACCUCAUUGAACUUCACCAAGCUGCAUCAUCCCAGGUACCCUACUCUGCUGCAGCUCCCUAUCACUUGUUAUAUUCUGCAUCAGAAAAACCCUCCAAAACAUUAAACCCUAGCAGCAAUAUCCUGGCAGAACAUUAUCCCUCAAAAAUGUACACAACGUGAUACCAGUUCAGAAAUAACCUUGGUUGAAUUCAGGAGCCUUGGUUCCCUGUGUACCAUGGAGGUGAGAGAUUGUGUCACAGUGCAUCAAAGUGGAUAACACUUGUGAGACCUUGAGUGGAAAAGUCAUACCUUUCCUUUUAGUUUUUACUCUUUCUGCCCACCAGGACCCACCAGAAAGUCCCCUCUGUUCCCUUUCCACCUCAUCAGUGGCAUAUAGUCUGCUUCAAAAUCUACUGGUGUGGUUGUGGUUUUAUUUUUAUAAAGUCUAUUUUAACUGUAGGCUUUAGGCAGCUUUGCCUAAGCCCAUGUGGAUCCUACUGGCUCUCAGGCCUGCUGUGCAGUUGUGACUCAAGCAGAGGCAGUAGUGGUCAGACUUGUUUUAAUAGGGAGGCACAUUCCCAGCAUUCAGCUCUCCACAUGGCCCGAUGUGUACACUGGGAGCUGGAGUUGACUUGUCUUUAUGACUUCUUAAACUUAGUGGACCUUGCUUUGAUUGGUCUGUCAUACUUCUAUCCCAAUCCCACUUUCUUGAGUGCUUGGCCCUAGCAACUAAAGUAGACUUUGUUUCCCUCAGCACGCUUCAGUCUCAGCCCUCUAAUGUGUUCUUAGACUUUUAAAUUCUUUUCCAGUUCUUUUCUCAGAGGAAUCCAGUGCUUGAGAAAGCUUAUCCGGCCAUUUGCUUCAUCUUGCCUAUAGUUCAUGCUUGGCCUUGGCUCUUAGAGUAAGGGUUUCAAUUCCUUCUUUUACUGGCUGCUAGUGCCUGGUCCACCCCACUGACCUGCUCCUGUUGUCUGUUCCUUGGGAGAAGGUAUGGAGGUGCAAGAAACAAAACCCGAAUUUUAUUGUUUUGUGUGACAUGCUUUUCAGAGUGGGACAGCAGGAAGUAAAUGUUGUUAAUAUUCUUUCCUUCCAUCUUUUUCCCUCUAUUAGACAGUUUUCCCUUUUUUAAGAAAGCAGGCCCCAAAGGAAGGAGUCCCUCACUGCCUCCUCAGUUCACCCAUCCUACUGCUUCCAGCAGUUUGCCUUCAUGUGACUGUUCCUCCAGCUGCUGUCCUUGCCAGGUUUAGGAGUCUUUUCCAUGCAAAGGCUCUUUGAUAGUACAGUGGAAUAGAGCCUAUCUCGUGUAGCAGUUGAGUUCUUUUUUUGAGGAUGGUACACUGUACUACUACAGCUGUAUGGGUUCCAGCCCCCUCCCUGUCACAAACAGCGGAAUUAGCCUUGCAGAGAAAGAUGGUUUGACCAGUAACCAAAGAAGAGAGUGCCCUCAGCCUGUCCAGUCUCUCCCUCGGAGGCAAGAAAGCAGUAGUGGUGAUCACCUCUCUUCUUGGCCCUUGUGUUCUAGAAAGAACCAGCCUUCCAUAGGAUUUUUGUUCUCUGUCAGGAAGAGUAUGUAAGUCCUUCUGCAUGGCCCCAAGGAUAGGGACAACCUAGCUGUCUAGCACUGACAAUCCCAAUCAACAAUCUCAUCCUGAUUCUUAGGCUGGGUGACACGCAUGUGAAAAUGAGGGACCUACACUGAGAAGGCAAGUGACUCCCAUGGAGACUGGAGGUCUCUACGGCCAGCUUGCCCAAUUCUGUGGAAACCAGAACCAAGCUCCAAACUCUUCACGGGUGAAAAGGCCUUUUGGAGGAAAAGAACUUUCCUUAUGGUGUGUAUGUGUUUAUAGAUACACAUCAGAUGUCAAGUUCCCUCUGCAUCCACCCCACCUGCUCCCCCAGAAGGAUGGGGAGAGCCCUUGAAGUUUUAAGAUGGGGAUGGUUAAAUCAUUAAAUUGUUUAUCCUGUUUAAGAUGAGCAGAGGAUCAGAAGGAAAUUGAGACUGGGGAAGGAGUUAGUUCCUGUCCCCUAGCAGUGACAUGGAUGUAGGGUCUCUUCCCAGCCCCUGGUAAUUAGAAGUGUUGGAGGCUGGUUUCAGGCUGCCCUGAAUAGACUGGAAGGAACUAGAGAUCCAGUAGGAAUCUUCUGAAUAGAAUGGAGCAAAUUGGCUCUUUUUUGUCGGCAAGAGGCUUCGUUCCAGCAGUGAGGAGAAAAGAAGUGGAGUCCUGGUUACCGUGAUCGCUGCUGCUGUCACGUAUUGUUCUAAUGCACUGCAGAAACUGUAUGUAAUGUAUUUAUAACAAUGCAAAUGUACAAAUAACGAAUUCAGUUCCGGCCUUCUUUGCCUGGCUUUCUUAGUAGGAGGGGAAGUGAUGCUUUUAGGGCAAAGAGCAAAGAGCAAUUGUUCUUGAACAAGACCUGUUUUGUAGCCAGCAUCACUUUUUAAAGUAGUAGCGAAGCGCCUGGGGCCAGAAGAGCAAAAUGCUAAAGGAUGUGUUAGCUUCAUUCCUGGCCACUAGAGGGUAGCCUUGCACAGGGAUGCCUUUGGACCUGCUAGGUUAUGGAUGGGAAGGUGAUUGAUUACUAGAGAGCAGAUCCUUCAGCCAGUAGUGAGCCGGGUCCUCCCUUGGAGGAUAUUAUGACUGGUGGCAAAAAAGGUGGCCUGUAUGGAUAUGGGAAUGGUAUCUGUGUUACAGGGGGUGAUAACAAACCCUCUCCUCUUAUUUGGGAGGAGUGCAGGUCUUGGAGCUGCUGAUCUCACAACUUCAGUGGUCAGCCAUGCCAAGCUGUUCUCGGCCACGAGUUGUUCUUUAGUGCUGUCUUACUUUAGCAAGGUGUCUCCUUUUGUCUGUGAACUGAAAUAGCUCCCACUUGUCAUUGGUCACACCAGUUUGGUAUAAAUGCUCAUACCAAGGCCUCAGGGUUUUAUGAGUCUCUGAAGACCUUUCGCCUCUGUGAAAUUGGAAAGAAAGGUGACUUGGGCCCUCCAUCUCUGACUUCGAGAUACCAGAGUUGGGAUCCCUGGGAGUGGCAGCUUGCCUGAAAUAGCAGGUUUGCUUGUUAGAGACCCUUUGUCCCACUUCUCUCCAAGUCUAAUCUCCCAAUCAUUAUUUACCUGUUUCAUGACAAAUACACUGUGCUUUAUGAGAAAUUUUUAUUAUUAAAUAUUCUUGUCUACUCAA